AUGAGGCUGGCUUGGCUGUCGUCACGUCAAGUCCAGCGUCGUCUCCUCAUCUCCUUGAUUGUCUCCGCGCUCACAUUCUGGUGUUUACUGCCGAGGCGCAAGCAUGAACUCAAACCAGCCAACUUGGAAGAGCGAUACCCUCUCCUUUGGCGACAUGUACAUGCAUUUAAUGGGUCCGGAGGAGCGUGGUAUAUCCCGCCAAACUGGUUGUCUUCUGCCGGUGUUCAGCCGGAGAACAUUGUCGAUGCCGCUCUGCUAGCCUCACAAGUGACCAGUGCGAAUAGGCAUCGACAUAUCGAACAUUCGUCAAUUCCACUUUUACUUCACCAGACGUGGAAGAAUCGGCGGGUCGACACGUGGUCGGACCUCCUCCGACUCAGUGUGGAAAAAUGGCUUCGCUACGUUGUCUCGGACGACAUGGCAUACUUCUUCUGGGAGGAUGACGGUGUUUUACAAAUGCUGGACGAAUUUGAGCCCGACUUCGUUGAACAAUUCCGUUCAUUGCCCUCCAAUGUGGAACGAGCGGACGUGUUUCGGAUUCUGGUACUGAAAUGGUUUGGCGGCAUUUACGCAGACGUCGACACCCAACCCCUUCGCAGGCCCUCUUCCUGGUUAUCGCCAUCAGAUCUCGCCCCCUGGACUGACCCAGUCACAAAUUCGAAAUUCUCUUCCGACAAUGCAGUCAGUAUCGUUCUUGGCAUCGAAGCGGACUGCCCUCCCGACAAGGACGACUACUGGCGAAUGGGGUAUUCACAUCCUGUCCAGCUUACACAGUGGGCAUUAGCAUCGAGUUCGGGCCAUCCAAUUCUUCUUCAUUUCAUGGACACCCUCCAGCGCAGGCUGAACCAGGUGGCUAACAGAUAUGGGGGAGACCUCACUGAUAUGGACGCGGCCAAGGAAUUACGACAAAUUGGUCCUCUGUCACUUACCGGGCCUGUGGCUAUUACCGUUGCAGCCAUGACUUGGCUUGAAGAACAAGCCGGCUUGAGAUGGAACGCUCUUACCGGACUGUUCGAUGGAGGGCGGAGUAAACUAGUCGACGACGUCUUGAUACUGCCAAUCACCGGCUUCAGUCCCGGGCGGAGAAAAUAUGGCAAUAUGGGAUCCAAACCCGUCACAGAUCCAUCUGCGCGUGUCUGGCAUCGAGCACAAGGCUCGUGGCGCUCCUUCGAUGUCAAAGUCGAAUACGGCAAAUUCUGUCGCAGCGUUUUCGGAUUGUGCAAGGAUUGGUCUAAACAGCCCGCCUCAGUGCGCCCGUAA